ACAGAUUGAAACCUUAUCCAUUUCCCCCUAAAUCCUCUUUAAAUUGCCAUUACCAAAUUGCUUUCUAUGCCAACUUAAAAACCUCCAUUAUCAACUAUCAAUAUUCAACCAAUCAUCAAUACCCAUUUCCUACAAACAAUCCCGAUUCUAGACAAAUCCAGAAAUAUACAUCGGAAAUGGCGAGUACAAAGAGUUAUAUGAUCACAAAAAACUACCGAUUCUUAACUUCCGAUCCCAUUCAAACUCCUUCAAUCAAAACUUCUACUGAGUUAGAAUUUGAAGAAUCGGAUAUAUGGGGCGGUUCAACUCGAUCUGGAUCGCCCGAUUCACGUCCGAGUUGGCGACAGUCUAGACGACCGUUAGCACCUCCAACUCCGGCAAGAAGUAGGUGUGGAAAUGCAUCGUCGUCGUUGCCGGUGAAUAUCCCUGAUUGGUCGAAAAUACUACGCGACGAGUAUAAAUCCGACAAAUGGAAUAUUUCCGGCGAGUUUGACGGUGAAGAUAAUGGAAGUUCCGGCGAUGGUGAAGAUUGGGUCCCACCUCAUGAGUAUUUAGCGAAGAAUCGAAUUGCGUCGCUUUCCGUACAUGAAGGAAUUGGAAGAACGCUUAAAGGAAGAGAUCUGAGUAAGGUUAGAAAUGCGAUUUGGGAAAAAAUUGGGUUUCAAGAUUAGUGAUAAUUAAUUAAUUAAUUUGAAAAAAAAAUUGACGAAUUCGAGUUCGAAACACUGGCUCUGCAACGAUUUGAGUAUCGGACUGCUUUUUUUCAAAAAUAUUGAAUUACUAUGAGAAGAAAAUUCAUCGGCGAUUUUCCUUUUUUUAGAUAUUUAGAAUGUUGUAAUUUAAAUUAAUUUGGGAUUAUUUUUUCUCACCCAUUGGAGAAAGAUCUUUUGGAUUUUAGAUUUUUUUUGAUCCAUGACUACGAUGAUGUUAAUUACUUCUAUUAUUUUCAAUUUUAUUUUUUUUAUUGUAAAAUGGUGGAAAAUCAUCUCACUAGAUGUAAUUUUUAUUACUUGUAGACUUUUAGUCUUGUUAUUGUAUAAUGUGGGGUUUUUUUUUUUAAUUAUUUUUGGAAUAAUAUAAUAUAUAUGAUAUAUUUGGUUUUUGUGUUAUUUUUGGAAUAAUGUAUUUUGUUGAUCAUUUUUUUGAAAUGAAAUAUGGUAAUU